AUUAGACCUAGAGCAUAGCUUAUUGGAGUGGUCGCCGCCAGCGAAAAAAAUCCACGGCUCUGUGGACGUGCAGAGCUUUCUGCAUUCGAUGGCAAUUGACCGCAUCAAGACAGCCCUAAUGUUGAUCUGCCAGAAGGUCAGCCUGAAAACUGUGCCGGAAGGGGUUCUGGACACCUCGCUAGUGGAAUCGCCUAAUGAGUCAGUAUCAAGCCCAAUACUUGAUCUGCCCCGGCCAACGACAGAGUUCGACCAGAAAACGCUUUCGUCCAACGUCCAACGAGUGCUUGAUUUUCUUGCCGAGUUUAACCUCCUGGUGGAUCAGGUCCCGCCGAAGCCCGGUCCUAGACGGUACGGAAAUAUGGCGUGUCGCGACUGGCACGACCAACUCGAGAAGCAAGUGGACAGCUGGUUUGAUUUGCACCUGCGCCCGCUUUUUGCAUCCCAGGUGGACGGCCAGUUUACUGGGUUUGUUUCCGAAGCCAGAUACUACAUUCUAGGGGCGUUCGGCUCUCGCGAGCGUCUUGACUAUGGCACAGGGCACGAGCUAUCUUUUUUGGCAUUUUUUGCGAGCCUGCUUAUGUGUCAAUUGCUGGACCAGGACUCUCUCGAGGGUACCGAGAUCCUAGUCAUCUUUGGCAAAUAUUAUGAUCUUGUGAAACGUUUGAUCCUGACGUACACGCUCGAACCGGCGGGAUCACACGGGGUGUGGGGGCUAGACGACCAUUUCCACUUGAUCUACAUCAUUGGAGCUUCGCAGCUGGUGGAUUCCGAGACCGUUGGAACCGAUAGAAAAAGCGCUAGGGCCAUGAACUUUCGCGUGGGACUCACGCCGUCGACGGUGCUGAAUCCGGCGGUGACCAAACAGCAGGCACACCGCAAUCUUUUCUACAACGCUAUUGGAUUUAUUCGGCGUGUGAAAAAGGGCAAUUUCAGUGAGCACUCGCCGCUGCUCUACGAAAUUUGCACCUCUAAGCCCUGGGAAAAAAUAGCACUCGGAAUGAUCAAAAUGUUCCAGGGAGAGGUGCUCUCGAAAUUCCCUGUUGUGCAGCACUUUUACUUUGGCAAUGUGCUGUUCCCCUGGAUAGACGCUGUUUCGCUGCGAGCUCUGCCCGAGUCUUCCCCAGACACGGAGCCCGAAAAGACAGCUCCCGCUAAAACAGACUACCGCAGUGAGGCCGAGCUCGCUAUGCACUCGCUGUACCAACGAAGAGAAGAGGAACUUGCGAUGCUUGCGGAGAAACGCCCGUCUGGUGCGCCUAGAGCUACCCGUGCGCCGUGGAAAUGACGCUCUCUCUAAGACUAUUUAAUUUGAGUGAUACUUUUAUCAUUCUUUGAAGAAGCUUAUUUCUG